GACAGGUCAAGCUGAGUCAGUCCAGUCUCCAGAUCAACGUUCUGGGAAACUGUCAGCCCACCAGUACUGGAGUCUAUACGGAUAGACUGCCUCAUACUGGCCUCAGUAUCAGAGGGAACCAGCAUCUUUUCUGGCCUGGUCACAUUUGCUGUUCUCGGGGUGAUGGCACAGAAAAUGGGUGUUCCCAUUGCAAAGGUAGUUUCAUCAGGUCCAGGUUUAGGAUUUGUAACCUAUCCAGAAUCUCUGGCAAAACUUCCGCUUCCUCAGCUGUGGUCAUUCCUGUUCUUCCUGAUGCUGCUAAUGGUUGGUUUGGAUUCGCAGGGGCAAAACAAAUGAGCAGGGACGAUGAGAUGAUGACUGGCAAAGCACUAUCGUCACCAGUAAAGAUCCUCUUGGCCUUUGUGACACCGGCAAUCUUGAUGACAGUUUUCAUCCUGACACUAAACAACUACCAGCCACCGACCUACGGCAACUACGAGUUUCCCAGCUACGCCAGUACAAUAGGCUGGUGUGUGGCCGUCAUCUCCACCCUCCCUCUCCCGGUCUACAUGGUACUGGGUGUCAAGAAACACAUGGCAAUCCAUUCUCUAAAGAAGAGUAUAAAGCUGGCCUUGAGGCCUGCUAAGGACUGGGGUCCAGCAAAUGCCACAUACACGAUGAAUCAGCGCACAGAAAUACCUUCGCUCAAGGAUAACGUCAUGGACAUGUUUAAAUAAUUAGACCUGAACUUACCUAAACAGUGUAAUAGUUCACUGAAUGAUGACAUACCAAGGGCGUGCGUGCGUGUGCGUGCGUGUGCGCGGCGUGCGCGGGCGUGCGUAACCUGACAUUGCAUCGUUUUGACGGUAUUCCUGAACCAUAGAUACUUAUUGAUAUAUUUUGAUGGAGGUAAUGAUAAAAAUUGCAUUAAACAGCCAUGAAGGCAUAACUGUCAGUUAUAUUUGUGCGUGUAUGUGUUAUAAUGAAUAUGUUCGUACGUGUUAAAUACCAUGUGAUAAGGUGAUUAUGAUUAUGAAUCAGAACGUAUAACGUGAUUGAUGUUGAAUUCAUAGUGCAAUUCAUAGUCCUAACGUGACUAUUCCAUUAUUCCAUUACACUGAUUUUAUGUGCGCUUUCCGCCAUAAUGCGUAUUUCACACACGGAAAAUCAGAGCACCGACCAAGCUUAUUGCAACGUAUCGAUUAACAAGUUGAAAAUAAAA